AGGCAGCGACCCCGAGGCAGCUCGGCUUCUGGUUUUGUUUGGUUUUUGUUUCCCGCGCGCCGGCAGCCGCACGUGCCUUUGCCACCAAUCCCGAGACGGGGGCCGCCGAGGCCGACCUUUUAAGGGACGCUCCGACCCGGCUUGGCGCGUCGUCGUCUUCUUCCUCUCUUCGCCCCCAGGCUGCGGGGCGACCGCCGGCCUCAGCAUGUGGGGAUAGCUGAGGGCGCACAGGGGCAGGAGGCUAACCGCCGGGCGCCUGCCGCCGUCUCUCUCUCUCUCUCUUCCCUCAGGAGGCCGAGAGAUGCCACGGCCCAAGAAAUGCCGUCGCCACCACCAUCACCUCCACCUCCACGCGCUGCCGGCCUUGUUCUUCUUCCUCCUCUUCCCUUCGGGAGGGACGACCCGGGUGGAGGGCAGCAGCGCCGGCGCUCCGAGCAGGGCCAGGGAGCCCCAGUUCCCAGCCGGGGACAAGAAGACGCUGCUCGAGCUCCUGCUCAAAGCCCUCGCGGAGAGCAGCAGCAGCAGCCGCCACCAGGCGCAUCCUCAUCCCGUCGGGCCACAACGGGUGAUCGCCCGGCGCUACACCAACGGCGGCGCCUUUUCCCCCUCGGGGUCUGUGGAUCAAGAAGCGAGGCUGGUCUCCGCCUCCUCUUCUUCCUCUUCUUCCAGGGAGAGAGUAUCUGGACACACUUCCAGGUUCUUCACCUCUUCCAGACACUCAGAAGUAUUUCCAAGAGAUUCCAACUUAAAGGACAAAUUCAUCAAACACUUUACAGGUCCGGUCACAUUUUCAGCUGAAUGUAGUAAGCAUUUUCAUCGGCUAUAUCAUAAUACGCGGGAUUGUUCAACACCAGCCUAUUACAAAAGGUGUGCAAGAUUGCUGACAAGGUUAGCAAUGAGUCCACUGUGUACCCAGCCAUAGAAGUCCUGUUUUGUGAACAAUAAUACAGUGACUGGUCUUUUUGACUUUCCUGCUAAGACUGAACUCUGGCUUGCCAAGAAAGUGCCUUGAAAACUAUCCCAAGACAAUGAAGAAGACAUCAUGAUCUUUUUGAUUUACAGCAUAUUUUGCUACUAGAUUCAUUUUAUUUUCAUAUAUGUUGGACAUUCCACAUUUGUGUAAAAGGAACAUAUUUUAUUUGAAUGUGUAAAUAUGUUGCCUAUAGCUCAAAUA